AUGAGGAAUCCAAUCGGGGCAUUAUUUUCUGGAGUCGGUCAUGUAGUUGGAAGUAUAUUUGGUGCUCCACUCGAUUUUCUUUCCGGCAAGUCUUGCAACUCUUUGUGCGGUCCAACAUGGGAUUUGGCUUGUUACAUCGAAAAUUUCUGCAUUCAACAUCUAAUCAAAUUGUGUGCGGUUUCACUUCUGGUUUUCGUCGUUUUACUAUUCUUCUACUUUUUAUACAAGAUUGGAAUAUAUCACUGCAUUUUUCAUAUGCUAUGGAAACUUGUACGGGCAUGCAUCUGGUCAUUUUUCUCGGCCUGGGAACAAGGAUGCGAAUUUCUUUGUCAUAUGUUGUGUAAUGCCAAGGGUAAAAGGAGAAGACGCACGAGAGACAUUGAAAUGGCUGACAUGAAUAUUAAUGGAAGCGAUGAAGAAACAGACAUGGAAACAAGUUUUUCUUAUAGGAACAAUGGUCGAAGGAGAUUGUCGUCAAGAGACCAUAAAAGAAACCAUUUUAGAAGAUCAUUAAGGCCUAAAAGCCACCGGCUUCGUGUGGGUGUUGAUGGUGAUUCAGUUUAUGCUACAAAAAGAAAACAUAUUAAGCAUGGUGAUGUUCGAGUUGUUAAAACGUCAAGCUUUGCACGAAAGGGGACGAAUCACAAGAGAUCACGACGCAAAUAA